CUCAUAUUCAACAACACAAUACCAUCUUCUACGCCUGAAAAUGCUCUACUUACUAUUACAGAAAACACCCAAGACUGGCUGGAGUAUACUCUUCAACCCCUCGCCAGAAAUGUCUCUGUUAGAGUGCUAUACUUGGUCGAUGUCUAUUUGAGAGGAGUGGCUAGUACUCCAAGUUUUGAGGUUGCGAUACCGAAUAAUGGUUGGGAUUCUGGCUUUAACGCUUAUCCUGCCAAAAUAGAUGAGGUUCUUGGGCCCAUUUUUGUCAAUGAACCGGAUGGUCUUCCAGUUGGAUUCGACCUUCACCCAUUUCAUAUUCCUGGUGACCACCGUCUAUGAUUCACGGCGAACGUAUCGAUUCGUAAGAAUUGGAG